AUGGCCAACAACCAAACAUUGAGGGAGCUGGCUGCCCCGGAGCUGACUCACCAGCCCUUAUGCAUCACAUUCCCCGCUUUGGCUGAGAAUACCGCUUUCGAAUUGAAGUCGGGGUUGAUUCAACUCUUACCCUCUUUCCAUGGUCUCUCUGGCGAAGAACCCCACAAGCACGUAAAGGAGUUCGAGGUGGUCUGCUCUAGUAUGAAACCUCCUGGGGUCACUGAAGAGCAAAUUAGACUGAGAGCCUUCCCGUUCUCUCUCAAAGAUGCAGCUAAAGAUUGGCUGUACUACCUACCAGCAGGUAGUAUUACCACAUGGGCGCAGCUGAAAAAGAAAUUCUUGGAAAAAUUCUUCCCUGCAUCCCGGGCUGCGAGUUUGAGGAAGGAGAUCUGCGGCAUUAAACAAUAUCCCGGUGAGUCCUUGUAUGAAUACUGGGAUAGGUUUAACAAGUUGUGCACUAGAUGCCCGCAGCAUCAAAUUAGUGAACAACUGUUAAUCCAAUACUUCUAUGAAGGGCUCCAAUCAACAGAUAGGAGUAUCAUUGAUGCUGCGAGUGGGGGAGCACUUGCAAACAAGACACCGAGGGAAGCGUGGGAGCUCAUCGAAGCCAUGGCAGAGAACUCCCAGCAAUUUGGUUUACGUGAGAGCAACCCUCCUCGUAGAGUCAAUGAGGUAGAGACUUCAUCCAUACAGCAGCAACUGUCAGAAUUGACGUCUGUUGUUAGGCAAUUAGCCAUGAGAGACACGCCGCGAGCAAAGGUGUGUGGAAUCUGUACUAGCAUGGACCACCCCACUGACUCAUGCCCUAUGUUGCAAGAGGAUGGAGCUGAACAAGUGAACAUGGCUGGAGGCGUGCCCGCGCCUCAAAGACCGUACGACCCAUACUCUAACACGUACAACCCUGGUUGGAGAGAUCAUCCCAAUUUCAGCUAUGGUAGUAGGCCACAAAAUGCAUUCUCCAAUCGGCCUCCAGGUUUUCAGCAACCUUGGCAACAUAAGUCUCAACCCUCGUCCUCAAGCUCAGGGAGUUCUUUGGAAGAAAUUGUCAAGAGUUUGGCCACGACUACCACUCAACUCGUCGCGACCACCACUCAGCUCCAGCAGGAGACUAGGUCCUUAGUUGCAAGUACUACUCAGUUCCAACAUGACACCAAAGCAGGCAUGAAGGACAUGGAGACUCGUAUGAGUCAAAUGGCAACUGCCAUUAAUCGUCUGGAGUCCCACGUCUAUGGAAAAUUGCCAUCGCAACCUGAGAUAAACCCCAGAAAUGUAAGUGCCAUGACAUUAAGGAGUGGCAAGGAAGUGGAGGGGCCGAAGGUCACAAACUCAAAGAGUAAAAGUGAAGACGAGAUCGAGCAGGAGAUAGAGGAAGGAGGACACAUUCGUGGAGGUCCUGAGGUACCCAAGUACGCAAAGUUCUUGAAAGAUUUGUGCGUUAACAAAAGAAAGCUAAGGGGUGAUGAAAGAGUGAUGGUGGGAGAGAAUGUAUCAGCUGUACUUCAGAGGAAACUCCCACCCAAAUGUGGAGAUCCAGGUUCGGCACCACUCUUGAGCAAUGCUUCAGCUUCCAAUAAAUUCACGGCAGACUCCUUUGCUGCUGCUACUGCAACUGGUGCAAUAGCCAGUAUCAUGAGAAGAACAACUCCGCUGCAUACAACAUCCAUCGAUGCUCUUUUACCAUGA